AUGACUACAUCCAUCGAGAAGAAGCUCUCCCUCGCCCGAGCCGGCCUCAUCCCAAUCAACAUCUCCCUCUACCUCGGCAACCACAUCGCCAACUCCCACAACAUCCUCAAACUCGCCCUCACCGGCGCCUGGGCCGCAUCCCUCAACCUCAGCCGCAAAGGUGACGCCACCAAGCUCGAAACCCUAGGCACCCGCAUCUUCGGCGAAGCAGAGUUCGAGACCGCCAUCAACGAAGCUCUCAAGCUAGGCGCCAAGGGCCAUAAGCUCGAGAUCGUCAAGGCUGGAUUCGCGAGGAUUGAGAUCGAGGCUUUUAUGGGGGAUCAGACGGACGUGGAGGGUGAUCGAGAGGUGCUCGAGAAGAUGCUUGUUGGGGUUUGGGGGGCGCUUGUUCAUUGCAGGAAGAUGGGGGAGGCGCAGGAGGUGGAGGAGAUGGGGGUUUGGAUUUUUGGGGAGGAGGGGUGGAAGAAGGGUGUUCGUGGUAUGCUGGAAGAGUUUGUCUGA